UAGUACCUAUCGACAAGUUUGUUUUGACGUGGAUAAUUUUCUCAAGUGGCGUUUUUAAGUCUAUUAAACACUUUUGUUUCUUAUAAAGUUGUUAGCGCCAAAUAAUUAAUCAACGCUUUCGUACAUGGAGGAAACGCAGACGGUUGAUAUUAAUGAUAUUAGCCGUGAGCUUUAUGACCUUAAAAACAAAUACGAACGAUUAAAAGAGGGCCAUAGAAAAUUGUUGUUUGUUAAUCAAAAUUUAGAAGAGAAGUUACUUCAAAACAUCAACAAAUAUGAAACAGAAAAAAUAUCACUGGUCCAUACUAUUUCAGCUCUCAACCUGGAACGUGAAGAAUUGCAACAAAUCAACAAAAAAUUAGUAACUCAAAAUGAAAGAUUUAAAUUAGACAUUUCUGUUGCUAUUCAACUACUCCAUUGCAAGCCAUCCAGCUUUUCUGCAUGCAAACUAGAAAGCCUCCCACAGGAGUUUCAAGAAAAAGCAAAGUUUCACAUCCAACAAGAAGCUCUUCCAAGGUAUCGAUCUGAGAAAAAAGGAAAAGUGAUUAGAGUUCCAAUAUCAGCAUUUCCCUCUACAACUGUGAUAUACUCUAUACCUGAUGACGACGAUGACGAUGUCGAUUUAAACGCAGAUGUGACAGUGUCUGCUGAAACAAUGGCUAAAGUGCUGAAUGAAAGACAACGAGAGCUUCACGAUCAAACUCCAAACGGAGCCGGCUUCCCACCCCAUUGUUCUAACGGCCUGCACACCUCUCAUUCAAUGCCAUUCUUAGACGGGUUGCAAUAUGUAGACCACGGGACGCAAACUUAUCCGAAUUUUAUUGGCGAACGAGAGAAGACCGUUAAUACUUGUAUAUUUUGCCAAGGAACACCGACCACAAACCGAUCAUGUGGCACAAUUAAAAAUCAGGCUACUUUACCUUUAGAAGACCCAAAAGUGUUUUUGCAUACGGAGUCGGAGAUCAGCCCUCUAACCACACAACGUAGUAGCAUCAACACCGCUAGGAAAAAUGCUGCGAAUACCCACAGGCGCAAAGUUCAGAGUAAUAACAAUAGCGUUAGCUCAAGCUACAGCAGGUCUUCGAUGGAAACGGACAUUUAGUCAACGAGAGUUGUGCACAAGUUUAGUGGAAUACCUCCAGGUAAAAAUCGCUUUUCGUAUUUAUGAAGAUCACUUAACUAGUUGUUUCAUGUUGCGUCAUCCAUCCUCAAUGAUGAUUAAACAUUUAUAUAAUAAUAGUUUGAUUUAUGGGACUGAUAUUUACCAACUGAUGGAACUGAAAUAUUUGUAUUUAAUGAUGUUUUGACUUAACCCAAAAUUUGUUAUCGGAAAAGGGUAAACAUUUCUUCCUUUAAACAUUUAAUUUUCCUGGUGAAUGGUAAAUUGUGAAUGUGCGAGAUAUUUCGAAUAAAUCAAACUUCGCUCGACGUUCGGGAACAAAACAAAGUACCUCGCCAGUUUUUGUUCAAAGUCCAAAACGGACAUUUUGCAUUUAAAUUGGCUGAAACUUUACAUCGAUCCCUGUGGAGAAGUUUCCAAUUUGCCGCCAUUGGGCUGUUUUCUUAUUUCACUGUCAUCGGUGCCCACAUAUGCUUCUCAUACCAACACAUGAAAACGCAAAUCCUUUUUGAUUACGCACUAAGUAUAAAGGGAAUUUAGGGCUUAAAUUUCAUAGGUUAUCGAUAACCCUUUGGCAACAAUUACGAGCAUAGUACUGGACCGAAUAGCAGGUUUACUAGAAAACGUGCUAAAGCGGUUGGAUCUACCUUUGCUACCAAGAGUAAUUCGGUUUGAAACGAAUCGUGAUCUAGUUGAGGCAUAUCUUUGUUCGUGGCGCAUAGGAAAUUAUUCGACUGAGAUUUUACCAACAAACUGAGAGGCAGAAUUGCUUAGUGACGCCUUAUUAGGAUCCCAGGCUUGUAGACGUCUUCUCAUUCCUUCUAAGUAAACAGGCCGAUUGAAAGUUCCAGCAGAUAGGGGUAUCCUGUUAAUAAGGUAGGAAUAAAAUUUUAAUGAACUUUUUUUUCGGUUAAACUUUUGUUUGGAGUUACGUUUCUCUUCCAGGUUUUAUAGGCACUUUGAAGGCAGCCCAAACGGGUGUGUGAUCAGAGCUUUUUAAUUGCUUUGCCACAUCAUAGUGGGCGCAUCGUAAAUGGGCACCUUUACGCUCCUUCCAUAGUAUCCGGAAUGUAUUUGUAGGUUGGAGGGAAAGUUAUGUUGGCCUCGUUGAACGUUUUUAAUAUUCGGUCUGGAGUGAAAAAAAAAAACACUUUUCAUAUAAGAGUGCCGUCAUGUGUAAGUUAGCAUUUAAUACUGUUCUUAAGACUGAAUUUUAGCUGAUCAGCUUCCAUGAGAGUUGUUAGACCCCGGCCGCAAGGAGAUGAAGGGUCUACCCACGUUUUCGAGACGAUAUCAAUGACCUCUUCUCGAGGUUUGUUAAUUCGGAAGUUCAUAUCGCCACAUAUGAAAACCAGAUCGUAAUUGCUCGUAACAUCUUAUGAAAGAACAAAUCGUUAACUUCAGGUACUUAACGUUCAGAACAUUAUAAACUGUUGAGAUGUUCGUUUACCUCGUUGUUUCUUUCGAAUCGGCAACUCUUUUGGCAAAUCCAGCGAGAGGAAUAUCUUUUUGAGAUCGCGCUCACGUUCAGCCACCUUUUCCGCGUGGGCCGGCAAGUGGCAAUUUACAAAAAGAAGAGAAGUACCGAAAAUACUGAAACCGAUCGCUACGCCUCCUUUCGUCCGGAAGGCGCUGCCCGCUCGCGUGCUGUGCGUGUCCGAUUCUGUUUUUGAGACAGACGAUUACAUACCUGAGCACACCCAAAUCAGAUCUCUGCGGAGGAAAACGGCCAUAUGGAUUGUGCCCAGCUCGACGGAAUGGAAUAGAACGUGCCCUGGUCCCAGCGUCUCCUGCAGUCCAACUUCCCAUUCGUCUCGUUCACCAUUGGUCUCUUGCGUGCCGAUAACUACGACGUCGUGUAGACUUUGAAGAGGAGUCGGAAGCAAGAGAUCCUCCAGCGUAGAUGGUGGCGUCUAGGAUGCAUUGCAAGGUAAAAAUCGAUACAUCAUGCUUCAGAGCAUCGUGUCGUUUAGACAUUAGUCGUUUAUGAAUAAUUAAUCUCGUUAGGUUUUUCAAUAGCGGUGAUGUGUGCGUUGUCGUUUUUGUUUGUUAAGACUAUAGCGAACGGCUAAACAAUGCUGACAGCACCCUACGUGAUUUUCACAGUGACUCGUGACACGAAAGAAAAAAUUCGAUCUCGAGUAGGCGAUCAAAUUCAAGCGCACGUUUUUAUCAAAUAGUUGGAAUCUCAUACUGAAAGCGUUUCAUUUAAAUAUUAAAUGAUCGACUACGCAAAAGCUUAAACAUUUUUGUAACGCUGUACAGCGAAAUUUGGUAUAGAACUGCAAGAUUGGCACGUAAAACAAAAAUUUUAAAUUGGACGUAAAUUUUGAAUUUCCCGCAAUCAGAAAUUGACAUACCUUGCCGUUCAUGUUCCAUGUUCCAAUAAAAAUUUUCAAUUGGCUAUCGGAUAACGUGCGCUUGAGUUCGGUGAUGCCCAGUAGCGAUUGAUAAGGUCCAACGCUUCCGUGCAAGUAGCUCCUGUUGACAACGAUUUCGAGAUAAGAUCGAUGAACUGCGUGACUCACGUAGCAAUGGCAGACAAAGAUGAAUUGUGUGUUACCUUUGUCGAGCUAGCUGGACAGAAAGCGCUUGUUGAACUUGAUUUUCUUCUUUGCAAGAGUUGCAUACUUUGAUAGCCGCAAUUUCUAUUUCACUUUCCGGUUUAAAUUCGUCGUUGAGGCUCUCUUGACUGGCUGACAGUUGCAGCACACCAACCACAGAAGAGAGAGCCUCUUCCAAACAGCUGACGGAUCCGCGGUUCGAGCAGCUGAAACUGUUUCUGCGACUAUUGCAACGGCUACUUUCGCCCGUCACUUGCUGCUGGCUAUCAAUAGAGCGAACUCUGGCAAUUGGAUCACUCGGUUGAUUAUUCGCCAUAUCAGAUUUCUAGUCAUCAAGAAAAAUGGAAAAUAUUU